AUCCACAUUUCCCCCACAAAGCAUGGAGUGAAUUGCCAAGCGCUCCUGCCAAAGCCCUUCCCUCCUCGGCCACCGACCAGCGGCGCCGCCUCAGAAGCCCAUCGACGCCGCCAUAGACCGGCGACUCCGUGGCAACCGCAGUCGCACUUCACGCCGCGUAGCAGUGACGCCACAAUCGCCGCGGCCACACUCCACCGGCCCGGCCACCGCAGCAUUGGCUGAGCGCUCGCUGCCACCGCUACAGUCCCCGAUGCUAAUGGCUUUUAACCCAAGUUUGCCACAUCAAAUUGCACCAAUUAAGACUUGGAGAUGGAGUAUCCUCUAAAUUUGCAAGGUUGAGGCAAGAGACCCCACCAAUGCGGAGAUCAUCGGCAAUAUCCUCCCUGGUCGGACGUUUAACUCAAUAUGGAGUGGUUCGUGUUGAGAAACUUGGUUCCGGUUACACUACAAUGGUCCAGCCUCAUAUAUAUAGACAUUGCACUGGUGGAGGAAAAGAGUCAUCAUUAAAGGAAGAUGGUGAUGCUCAUGCUGCCUUACAUGGUGGGCAGGAAAUAGAAAGAUCACAUAAGCCCAGGAUCGGAGAAAAUGUUUCAAGAAAGGAUAGGUUCAAUUUUCUAGUGAGCACACUUCUUGAUAUGAAGGACAGCAAACAAUCAGUUUACGGGGCUCUUGAUGCCUGGGUUGCAUGGGAACAAAAUUUUCCUCUUGCUUCACUUAGGAGGGCAUUGGUUGUUCUUGAGGAACAACACCAGUGGCAUAGAAUGGUCCAGGUAAUUAAAUGGAUGCUGAGCAAAGGACAGGGAAACACAAUGGGAACAUAUGGAGUGUUAAUCCGGGCUCUAGACAUGGACCAUAGGGCAGAAGAAGCGCACAGAUUUUGGGUGAAGAAAAUUGGUAGUGAUCUACAUUCUGUACCAUGGAGUUUAUGCACCAGCAUGAUAGCGAUCUACUAUCGAAACAAUAUGCUGGAGCAUCUUAUAAAGCUUUUCAAAGGCCUUGAAGCUUUUGAUCGGAAGCCACCAGAGAAGUCAGUUGUUCGGAAAGUGGCAGAUGCAUACGAGGUUUCAGGCCUAGUUGAGGAGAAAACAAGACUUCUAGAGAAAUAUGAUUACCUUUUCACAGAAUCACACAAAGGCUCCAUGAAACAUACCAGAUCCACUUCGAAGAAGGGGAAGAAAUCAGGGCAGAGGAAAAAGACAGACCUGCCAUUAGAGCCUUCAACGAAGACGGACACAAACAACCACGCACAAAGACGAGACUGAUGCGGCUUCUGCUUAGCAUUUCUUGGUGUCCUUCGUCAUGUGACAUUCAAUGGCCAAGCCUUUUGAUGGUUGUGGUGUUUGGAUGCCUUCUAACAAGAAGAAAAAGAACAAAUGGCGAUGGCUAGACCAUUAAAGCAGCAUCAAAUGGAUUCGGUCUUUUACACACAAAAGGAGGGUAAUCGAAAAUGGAUUGAAGUGAUUUUAUCUUCUAUACCAGAAAUUUGCUUGAGCCGGUUUUAGAAAUGAAAUUGGGGAAUAUCAAAUUUGCCUUGAAGCAAGUAUACCAGCAGACUAAACGUGUUAAGUGGGUACUAUGAUCGACUUAUAACGUAUUUCAUA